UUCGGCCAAUCUAAACUGCGAAAUCGAACUCUCCGGUGGGAGCGGAAUUUUGCUUCUGUGGGGAUACCGAUAUCGCCGUUCUCAGGAUAGCGUGAAAGCCAUGGCGUCCGCCGUCCACCACCUCCUCGCGCUCCUCCUCCGACCUCUCCCUCCCCCGGCUUACCAUCCCCGCCACUCCUUCUCGCCACGCCCUGCCCGCCUCCAUUCCUUCUUCCCGGCUCCCGGUUGCCGCCUCGGCACACAUGCCGUUGCGCUUGCAGAGCCAGACUUGGUGCCCCCGGAUGAGGAGGAGGAGGACGACGACGCCCGGUUCGUCGUGGUGACCUUCUACAAAUUCGUGCCCCUCGAGGAUCCCCGCGCCGAGGUCGCCAGCCACCUCCACUUCCUCCAGGGACGCGAUAUACAUGGUCGCAUUUACUUGAAUGAGCAGGGAAUCAAUGCUCAGUACAGUGGUCCACGCAAAGAUGCAGUGGCAUAUGCAGACUGGGUUAAAAAAGAUCAUCGGUUUUGUGAUAUGCUUGUUCAAACCUCGCCAGCUUUAACUGGGCAUGCCUUUCCUCGACUGAAACUGCGGUACAAGCCAUCACUUGUUCAGUUAGAAGGAGGGAGUUUGCAUCUUCCAUUGCUGGACCCUAGCAUGCGCGCGACGCCAUUGACUCCAUCAAAGUGGAAGGAAAGACUUAAAGCUAAGGCAUGCCUUGAUGUGCCCUCAAGUGAAACGCCUGGAGAUACAUCUGGGAGGAGGCUUCUGCUGCUUGAUGUCAGAAAUGGCUAUGAAUGGGAUGUUGGGCAUUUUGAAGGUGCUGAGCGCCCUAACGUGGACUGCUUCAGAAGCACUUCCUUUGGGCUCUCCGAAGAGAUGUCGGAUCCUCUGAAUGGCCUAGACAAAGAGAAGACGGAUAUACUGAUGUACUGCACCGGCGGGAUAAGAUGCGACGUAUAUUCAACAAUUCUCAGGAAGAAGGGCUUUCGGAAUCUGUACACACUGGAGGGAGGAGUGUCCAACUAUCUCAAGGCGGAGGGGCCUGCCGGGUGGGUGGGGAAUCUGUUCGUCUUCGAUGGCCGGCUAUCGCUGCCGCCGGCGACGUUCAGGCGGCAACUAUCUCAAGAGGAAGAAGCUGCUGGUGCUGCUGCUGUUGAGAAGGAGAGGUGGGUGGGGCGCUGCUACUCGUGCGGAUCGGAGGUGGUGGAGCUGCGCCACCGCAACUGCGCCAACAUCGACUGCAACCGCCUUUACCUUUGCUGCGGCUGGUGUGCGGAGGAGCUGGCCGGCUGCUGCUGCUCCGACUGCAAGGUCGCCCCUCGGCUGCGGCCGCUCCUGCCGGGCCACCAGAGAUAUUUGAAAUGGCAUGUCUACCGUGAUGGAUUGCUGACGGCCCACGGAGAGGACGACGAUGCUGCUGAUCGAGGGUUUUAUUAGUUGAUUGAUUGAAUUGAACACAACACAUGCAUGAUGAACAUGAACCAGGUGGGUGGGUAUUCAGAUUUCAGGCUGACAGUUUGUCCACACCACACCACACCACACAGAUGGAUCCAUCUACCUAUGAUGAAUGUAAAUAUUUGUGUGGAAAUGAAAUGAAACGCCAUAUAUAAAAUGGAGUGAUGCAUCAUGUCCCGAA